GCAUCGCCUCCUUCCAGUGCCUGCUGGGUUUGGGGGUCUGGAACCCCCGCGGCCCCGACCUCAGCAACUGCACCAGCCCCUGGGUGAACCAAGUGGCACAGAAGAUCAAGAGCGGCGAGAACGCCGCCAGCAUCGCCGCGGACCUGGCCCGGCUCACGCGGGGCCCCGUCUACGCCGGCGACGUGAGCUCGGGCGUGCGGCUCCUGGAGCAGCUCCUCGACAUCCUGGACGCGCAGCUCCAGGCCCUGCGGCCGCUGGAGAGGGAAUCGGCGGGGAAGAACUACAACAAGAUGCACAAGCGUGAGCGCACGUGCAAGGAUUACAUCAAGGCGGUGGUGGAGGCCGUGGACAACCUCCUGCGGGCCGAGGCGCUGGAGUCGUGGCGGGACAUGGGGGGCGCGCAGCGGGCGCACACGGCCACGCUGCUGCUCGACGUCCUGGAGGAGGGAGCCUUCCUGCUGGCCGACAACGUCCGCGAGCCCGCGCGCUUCCUGGCCGCCAGGCAGAACCUGGUGCUGGAGGUGACGGUGCUCAACACGGAAGGGCAGCUCCAGGAGCUGGUGUUCCCCCAGGAAUUUGGGGGCGAAACGGUGAUCCAGCUGUCGGCCAACACCCUCAAACAGAACAGCCGCAACGGGGUGGUGAAGGUCGUGUUCAUCCUCUACAACAACCUGGGGCUGUUGCCCACCGAGAACGCGUCCGUGCGCCUGGGGGGCGAGGGGGGCGCCCGCGCCCCCCCAUUGGUCGUCAACUCCCAGGUCAUCGCCGCCUCCAUCAACAAGGAGUCGAGCCGCGUGUUCCUCAUGGACCCCGUCACCUUCACCCUGCCCCACCUCGAGGCCAAGAACCACUUCAACGCCAACUGCUCGUUCUGGAACUACUCGGAGCGCUCCAUGGCCGGGCACUGGUCCACGCAGGGCUGCCGGCGGCUCAGCACCAACAGCACCCACACGUCCUGCGCCUGCAGCCACCUCACCAACUUCGCCCUGCUCAUGGCGCACCACGACAGCCAGCAGGGCCGCUUGGACGCGGUGCUGCUGUCGGUGAUCUCCUGGGUGGGCAUCGUGGUGGCCCUGGUGUGCCUGGGGGUGUCGCUGGCGGCGCUGUGCUGCCUGCGGGGGCUGCCCCCCGAGCGCACCACGACCAAGCACCUCUGCGCCAGCCUCUUCCUCGCCGAGCUCGUCUUCCUCAUCGGCAUCGACAAGACCCAGUACCAG